ACUGUAAGCAACCGACGUCACCAUAAAUAGCGAGCUAGCCAGUUGUUUUGAGAGAAGAAGAAAAGGGGCUUACAGGCGGAAGAAACACCGGAUUUGGUUUCAGAUCGUAUUCGGUUUAUGGUCCUGGUUUAGUUUAAAAAAAACAUUUUGAAUAAUGUCGACCCCGGCGAGGAGACGGCUUAUGAGAGAUUUUAAAAGACUUCAAGAAGACCCUCCUACCGGUGUGAGCGGCGCACCGUCAGAGAACAACAUCAUGCUUUGGAACGCUGUUAUUUUUGGGCCUGUGGGAACACCAUUCGAAGACGGAACGUUUAAGCUUCUGAUAGAGUUUUCAGAGGAGUACCCAAACAAGCCUCCCACAGUUCGGUUUGUCUCCAGAAUGUUUCAUCCAAAUGUUUAUGCAGAUGGCAGUAUAUGUUUAGACAUCCUUCAGAAUCGCUGGAGCCCCACAUACGAUGUCUCGUCCAUACUCACCUCCAUCCAGUCGUUGCUGGACGAGCCAAAUCCCAACAGCCCAGCCAACAGUCAGGCCGCACAGCUCUAUCAGGAAAACAAGAGGGAGUACGAGAAGAGGGUGACGGCCAUCGUGGAGCAGAGCUGGGUGGACGUCUGAGCUCCUCUCGCUCUCUCUACUCCCUCCUCUCCAUAAACCUCUCUUCAUCAUCCCAGAGUACUCCAUUCUCUCAUUUUUACCUCAUCGAGAAGAAAAAAAAAAAAAAACAGCAACUAUAUCAGAAGAACUCAAGUGCCACCCUGAAAAAAAAAAAAAAAAAAGAUCCAGAGAACAACCAAAUCAGAAUGGACAUUAACUUGCUUGCCAAUACAUUUUGAGGAAAAUGAGGGAGGGGAAAUCAAUCUUAUAUUUGUGUUUCUUGUCCUUAAUUUUACUUUUUUUUAUUGCAUGAUGUGAAAUAAGUUAUUGCUAACAGAAUUUGUAAUAUAUCUUUGUUGUUUGGUUGGAUUGAUGCUGUUAGUGUUUGAGUUUUACAGAUUCUUCUUCUCUUUUUGUAAAUUUUUCUUUCUUUUUUUUUUUUUUUUUUGUCUGCUGGUGUGCACACAACUUGGCUGUUUGGAAAAAGAGCAGGUUGAUGACCAAAUCAGUGAAAUUUUUUGAAAAAGCAAAGGAGGAUUAACAACCCAGAAAACACCUUUUUUUUUUUUUCCGAGCGGGUAUCUUUUGUCGUUCAAAUCGGCCACAUACGCUGCUGAUGAUAAAGAACAAUUCCUGGUCUGUCCCACCAUAUCUGUUAUUUUAAGAGACACUGUAAUUUUAGGCUCGCAGACGUCACAGGCUGCAACAGCGCCAAGUCUCCCUUGCACUGAUGAAUCAUGGCUCCCUGGCAAGCUGGUUCUGAGCUUUUUUUUAUUUUUUAUUUUAAUCAUUUCUGCUCCAAGGUAGAAGAUGAUGAUGAUGAUGAUGAUGAUGAUAGAGAGGACAGGAUAAGCUUGGACUGUGAAUCCCAAAGUGGGGUGCAGGGAAUCCCCCCCCGGCUGAACUGAGGAAAUACUGUAUUCAUUUCAAUCAUUUUAAUUUUCUGUACAUCAGCCUUAAAGACAACUACAAUCAGCAUGAAGUUGUUUAAUACACCUAGAAGUUGGGUGUACUUCUACAUCAUGAUCCCAUCUAGUAUUACUGAGCUGCCUGGUUUAGUUUUACAAAACAUUACGCUGUUUAUAUCCUGCUUAUUUUCUAUAAUACACAUUUUUAUUACUUCUCACAGCUCCUCCUCCUCCUGACAGCUCAUCGUAGUCUCUCGUGCCCACAUGGCUUUUUCUCUAAUUUCACCCGCCGCAGAAAGCAAAAAGACUGCGUCGCCUGUGACGUGUGACAGCAUGAAUGAAGUGUCUGUGCUUUUGAUCCUUCUCUUUAAAAUGACACAGCUGAAAUCCAAAUUAACAAACAAGCAGAGGAUGAAAGCCGGUCCCUGUUCUCAGCUGUAAACGACAGCAGUUUAAAACGGGAUCGACAGAGCAAACCGUGCCGCUGAGGAGCCCAGACUCCAAUGCAGGUCACAUGACAUCAACUGUUUUCCCCAAAGGCCCAGGUUGUUUUUCACGCCUGCGUUUUGUCUUUUUUAUUUUAUUUGUAUGUGAUACCCAGUUAUAAGACCAUUUGAGGAGUAUAAAUUUAUGACUUAACGCUGCCCAAUUACAGCUAAAUAAUCCAUGCAAGACAGUCAUCAUAAGAGUUCUUUUUUUUUUUUAAGACAGUAAAGGUCAUAUUGUGACUAGUGAUUUAUUUCACCUAAUAAGCAGAAGGGAUACGUUACAAAAUUUUGUGAAUUUAAAAAAAAAGUGUAUACUUAUAACAAUAUGCUGUAUAAACAUAAUAAAACACAUUUUUCAGA